GGGGCCUUUUUUAUCUUAUCUUGUAUCCGGUCAGCGGAAAUAUUUACGGAUACGGAAAGCUGAGAAAAAGGGAAUAUGGAGCCGUACACAAUAUCAAGAAUAUUUCAUUACUAAGGAUAAAGGGAGACGAGCUGAGCUGAUUUGGAAUUGGAAUUACUGUGGAAGUGGAAGGUUACUAAAGUUUACAAGGAUCAAAUUGAGAUAUUCUCUUUUUGACUUUGUUUUACUUACAAGGUAAUAGUCAUUAUGACAGGGGCCAACCAAUUGGAUAACGAACAAGCUGAAUACCUAUUAGAAUCAGCUGUGGAAGAUGUAUAUGAUGCAGUGAUGGAUGAAGUUGAAGAUGAAGAUCUCGAUGAAGAUGCAUUGUGGUUCAGAGAAGAACUUCAAAAACAUAAAACUUUAGGAUGGUUAUAUAGACCAUCAGUAAUUCAAAUUAGUGUUGCUUUAUUCAUGUUUUCAAUCUCAACUGCAAUUGGUAGUCCUGCAAAUCAAGUAGUAUUAUAUCAAUUGAGUUGUAAUUCAGUUGCAAAGGAUGGAAUCUGUGAUCCUGUGGCAGCUCAAUUAUUAUUUUCAACCUUUUCUCAAUUCCAAAUGGUUGCACUCGGUGUCUUACCAAUCAUAAUUUCAUCAAGAUUUGGGGAAUUAUCAGAUAGAUUUGGAAGAAAGCCUUUUAUUGCAACUAUCUUCGUUGGAGUGGCUACUCAUAAGGUGAUAAAUUAUUUUUUGAUAACCAAAUCAAAUGUAUUGCCAUUUAAUGCACUUUUAAUAUUUGAUUUUAUUUGUUCAGCAUUUGGAGGUAUGGCUCCAUUAGUUGCUAUGCUUCAAUCAUAUGUGACUGAUGUAAUUGCUCCACAUGAAAGAACCUUUUCAAUUGGUUUGGUUUCAGCUUCUUUAUUAGUUGGACAAGCUCUUGGACCUAUUCUUUCCAGCUUUAUGGUUUCACUUAUUCCUACCGAUGAUGGUAAAGGAAUCAACUUUGAUUUGAAUUCAAUUGAAGCUUAUAUUCAAAUCCUGAAGAAACAAUUAUAUCCCAUGAGAAUUGAGCUUGUAAUUUUGAUUUUAGUGGCAUUAUAUGGUGUGUUUAUUUUACCUGAAUCAAGAGGUGAAAAGGCAAGAUCUAAAUCAAGAUCAAACUCAAUGGCUUCAGACAUUGAGACAUUCCAACAACUUCGUGCUUUACAACAUCCACCUAGUUUUUGGAAGAAAGCAUCUCAUUAUAUAAAUGUGUUUAAACCCCUUGCUUUGUUGACUUAUCCAUCAAGUGCUGUCCCAAAUAAUCAAAAACAAUAUGAAACUAGAAAUAGACUUGUUGUUUAUAUUUUGAUCUUAGCUGCAGCUUUAUGUAACAGUACUAUUAUAUCUAUGGGUCAAAUCACAGUUCAAUAUGGGAUGUUAAAAUUCCAGUGGGGUGCACAAGAAAUUGGUUAUUUCAUGUCUGUUUAUAGUACCAGUGCUGCUAUUGUGUUGGUAUUUUUAAGUCCAAUACUUACUAAAGUUAUACUUCAACAAUAUUUCAAAUUUAAAACUAUGAAGCGUCAAAUUGAUUUAGUUGAUAUAAGUACUUUGAUCUUUGGUAGAGGUUGCGAUGCUAUAGCCUUUUUAGCCAUGGUUUAUUCAACCAAUACUCCCCAAUUCCUCCUGAAUUUUUGCAUUCUUGCAUUAGGAGCACCAGCAAAUCCGGCAGCUACUGCUUCUCUUCUUAAGUUUUUUCCAGCUUCAAAAACUGGUGAAUUCUUUGGAGCCAUGGCUUUAUUGCAUAGUCUUCUUGGUUUGUUUAUGCCAGUAUUAAUGAUGGGAUUAUUCAAGUAUUUCAUAACUGAAGGAACUCCACAGUUUACAUACUUGGCUUAUUCUGGUAUAAAUUUGGUCUACAUUGUUUUUAUCCUUGGGGUUAAGAGAAUAAUGAACAUUAGCACAUCAACAAGGGAAGAUGAAUUACGUAGACGUAGUUCAUCUGUCUCGUUUGCUAAUUAUGAUUCUUCUCAUUAGAGUUAGUUAUAGAUCGUAGAAAUGUAGAUCAUUUCUUAUUUAUUUGAUAGUAUUUAUUAUCGCUUUGUGGUCUUGUUAUAUUUGAAUUUACGGUGAUUAUUAUAGUUCUUUUUUAUUGAUUUUGGUAGCGACCUGUA